AUUUUUACUUUUGCUUAAAAAAAAAAUCAGAUGGUCAUUGGCCAAUUCCCAACCACCGCCAAGAGGUUGAUGACGAAUGACAGCGCUGCUGUUAAUUUUACUGUCACUUCGUUUUCUUCCAUAACUUCCGUUUACAGGCCCGGCGACGUCGUCCCGAUGAGCAAGAUGGUUCAAUACUACUCCGUCCGUAUUCCCAUCUCUCCUUUCAUUACACCCACGUCUUCCAAUGUUCCUCCGUUUUCUCUUUUUCUUCUCUGUGAUAUUAAGUCUCUUGAUUUCAUGGUUUCAGUCCACAACCGUUUGAUUCCGAUGGCAAAGCCCACUGGUUAUACCGGCGCCGAUCCUUACAAAAUCCUCUACUUUUCUUUCACUCGAACAGACAUUGAAAUUCAUCCAGAUAUCCGUAAACAGUUCUGGGAUCCUCAACGUUGGCCAAAACAUGUGCUUGUCAGAUACACAUGGGGAGGAACAGUCAGAGAUAGAGGUGACUUCUGGAUUUUAUGUGCUAUUUGGAUCGGGUAAAACUCUAUCCUAGAUUUAAGGCAGUACAUUUGUUUUGAAUUUUAGUCUAUGUGGAAGAGUCGAGGCUAUGUAUCAAUCAAAAUGUUCCAGUUAAUUAGAUGCUCACAUAUCUGUUAUAUAUGCUCUUUUCUUGAUUGACAUAUCUGUUAUUUAUGCUCUUUUCUUGAUUGUUAACAUCAAGUUAGUCAUCAAGGGGCAAAUUGGCUCGUUAAUUCUGUUUCUCAUUUUGUUUAGAAUCAUUUUUUUUCCCCUUUCUCUUUUGCUAGAUAUUAAAUGCCUUCUCUUUCCAAGGAACAAGAAGUACCAAUUUUUCACAUUCAUUAGCAUCCUUUGUUUGCUCCUCCCCCAUUUCUCAUGAUAUGGUUGCGUAUAGGUUUGUAAUGGAGACUGUAGCGGAAGCAGCAUGCCUGGAGGAGUGGCUAAGGUUGAGUGAUGGAACUCUUAUCAAGUUGAGUACCGCAAGUGCAUCUUUUAAGGGAAGUUAGAAGGCUUGAGGAGGCAAGUUUUGAGAAAAUACAAUUGUACAGUAGAUGGAGUACUUUUGAGUUUGCAAUGAAGACUUCAUAAGAGC